GGUCCAUGGCGGGCGGCGCCCACCGCGCCCGGCCCGGCUCCUGCUCGCGCUCCCGCUCCGGCUCCGGCUCGGACUCGCGGGGACGCCCGGACGCCCGGCAGCUGGACCCCGUCCUCGCGGGCGGCGGCGGCGGCGGCGGCGGCGGCGGCGCGGGGCUGGGCCCCCUGGAGGCGGGCGCCGCGGGCUUCCCCCCGCGCCUCCCCCCGCCAGUCACAAGACCCGGGUCACGUGGUGCGGCUCCCAGCAGGGGGGCGGCGCGGGGCGGGGCCGGCGGCGUCUUAAAGGGGCCGCGCCCGCCCUCGGCCAGCCCGGAGGGCGCUGGUCGGCGGCGACUCCGCGCGCCUCCCCUCUCGGCCUCCCCAUCCCCCGGCCGCCGCCCCAGACCUCCCGCCGCGAGGAGACCCUCCCCCCAACCGACGGCCCAGAGACGUCGCACUCGGGUCGUGACCUUUUGGUUUAUCAAGCACUCCCCCGCAGCGCCAAGUCCGAUCCGGACAAUCUCGGAGGACGCAGCCGCUGGCCCACUGGGCGUCCUGGGGCGCGAGCCCACCCACCGAGGAGGAGGGACUUGCGGCCACUGAUUACAAAGAACUCCCCUGUCGGGGACAAACUAAAUGCCGCGUGGCGGGAGCUGUCCACUGUUGUUUCUCGGGUUGGUCAUCUUCGCGACAACCCAGGACGUACUGGUCCCUAGUCUGUGGUCUGGACACAGGCUCAGAAGAGGGGAGUGACCGAAACUUGACCGCAGAGGCCGCCCUGUCCCACGCCCUCGCUGAAGCUCGUUGACUGUCACAUGCUCUCGUGCUUAAUGGGUUUGUAAUAAAACUUUAAACAGAAAGAUGGACUAACUUCAGCCCCUGACCUGCCCUGGCUCCUCAGCUAAUUCCUGGGCCUUCUGAAGCAUUUGGGGGGCUCUCCUCGCCUUUCUCGUGUGACCUGUCCUCUGAUCUAGCUCUGCGACAGCUCUCAGACCCCGCCACAUUUUUAACUUUUUAGAAGAGACCUUGGAGGAGUUUCUUUAUCACAAGUGCAGCUCCUUCAAGGCCCUUCCCAUCUGUCCUUUAUCUCCUGGUCGUGGUCCCGCAAUCCUGUGGAGAGGAGCCAGUGGCAGGCCAGGUAGCAGCCGGGCUGGCCCUGGGAGGAGAGCCAGAUCCAGAAUAGAGGCUGGCGGAGAGUGGCCGAGGACUUCCUGGCCAGCAGAGGCCCUGGCUGUGGUGGGGGGGCCUUGUGCUCCUGGGGGCAGAUGUGAGCCCAUCACCCAAAGGGUGAGAGCAGCUGAACUGCCCCCCCCCCCCACCCAAGGGAAAACUGAGGGGCAACCCUGACCUCACUCAGGAGCAAGGAAAAGUGGGCUCAGGGCAGGCCCACGAACGCUAACCCAUGGGACAGGCAUCCUAGCCGGCUUGCAAACAGCAACAUAGCCUUUCCUAUCAGAUGAAAUAAAGUUGGCAGAUGUCCCUUCAA